AUGCAUGGACUCAUUUUAAAAGAUCCCAUACCUGUGUGUCUUCUGAAAUUUAGUCCAUCAACGCGUUUGUUAAUAGUAAUUUUUGGUGCUGUGCUUAUACAUCUAUCUCUGGGAACAUAUCAUACUUUCGGAAAUAUGUUGCCAUAUAUGGCAUCAUACAUGCAUAAUAAUACAGAUCCGACAAUCAAUCAUGAAAUGUUGGUUUGGAUACCUACUUUUCAGGGUUGUUUUCCUUUCGCGAUGAUCAUUGGCGGUUUCAUGUAUUCUAAAUUGGGCUUGAGGCUUUCCGCAUCACUAGGAUGUACCAUCAUGACUACUGGUGUUUUUCUGUCCUACUGGACGAUCAGAAGAUCAUUUGCAUCAUUUCUAAUAACGUAUGGGAUAAUGUUUGGAUUUGGACAAGGAAUAGCUUAUGUUCUUACCAUUUCGUGUGUCAUCAAUUGGGCCCCAAAAGAUGUUGGAUGUGUGAGUGGUAUUGUAGCAGCUGGUUUCGGUAUCAGUCCAUCUAUAUUCGCUCCACUUCAGACCAUUUACCUCAAUCCUUUAAAUCAUAAACCGACUGUAUUUGCUUAUUUCACAGACAGAGAUAUCACUGAUCGAGUACCAUCCAUAUUUUAUACUUCUGCAAUAGUCUAUGGAAUUAUGCAGGCCAUUGGCCUAAUAGUUAUUUGUGAUCCCGUUGAUGUGGAUAAACAAUCGGAAACAUACCAAAUGCAAAUUUCAACUUCAAUAUGGAAGUGGUUUAAUGUUUCCGAAAGUAAACAUACUUCGUUUUGUACGAAACAAUACGCUUAUUCGAGAUUGCGGACUUGCAGUCAGGAAUCCAUAAGGGAAUCUUUGGAAGAAGUGUCAAAUUCAUCCCAGGAACAGAUAUCUUUGAGUCCAUUACAAAUGCUGCAAACUUCGACCUUUUAUUGGUUAUUUUGUGCUCUCUUCUGUUGUUCAUUUUAUGGAAACAUGUUUUACAAUCUCUAUAAGGCAUUCGGGGAAACAUUCAUUGAUGAUGAUAUGUUUAUAGCUUAUGCAUUCAGCAUAGCUUCAAUAUUCAAUGCUUUGGCUCGAAUAGGAUGGGGUGUUUUAGCCGAUCGUACCAGUUUUCAGGUAUCAUUGUCAACUGCAACUUUUCUGGCAACUGUUUUAUUGCUAACAAUGCCACUUACUCCAUUUGGUGGAAAAUGGAUCUAUUUUAUCUGGAUGAAUCUCAUGUUUACAUGUCUAGCAGCUACUCAUGCUCUUUUUAUAACUGCAUCUGUUAAAUGCUUUGGAUCCGAUCACAAAUCAGCUAAUUAUGGAUGUUUAAUUCUCUCUACCACACUGAGCGCAGUACUCUUAGCAAUCGGUUGUGAAUAUGUUUUAACAGUCGUUGGAUAUACAUUUUCCUUCCUUAUUACGGCUGUUUUGGGUUUUAUUGCAUUUCUUUUGGCAAUUACGAUGCAACGCACCACAAGAGGUCACUUCAUUACCUGA